AUGGUUGGCAGCAAACUUCUAUCUGCUGUCGUGGCGGGCUACUUGUCCAGCCUGGCUUUGGCUGCGCCGACGCCCACUACGAACAACGUCGGCAAGUCCUUCGACAAGCGCGCUUCCGUGAGUGACGCGGCCUUCGGCUAUGCUAGCCAAAAUGGAGGUACCACCGGCGGUUAUGGCGGAACUACCACCACCGUUUCCUCCUACGCUGCUUUUACCUCUGCUGUCUCUGGUGACAGCAAGAAAGUUGUUUAUGUCUCUGGUCCAAUUUCAAAGACUGCAGAUCAGGUCAAGGUUGGAAGCAACACCAGCAUUAUUGGAAAAGAUUACACCGCCAUCCUAACCGGAUUUGGCCUUUUGGUGAAGGAAGAGUCCAAUGUGAUUAUUCGCAACUUGGGUGUUAAGAAAGUCCUUGCUGAUAACGGGGACGCUAUUGGUGUCCAGUACUCUAACAACGUUUGGAUUGACCAUUGCGAUGUGUCCUCCGAUCUGGACCAUGACAAGGACUACUACGAUGGUCUGAUUGAUCUCACUCACGCGGCCGACUAUAUCACUGUCUCCAACACCUUCAUUCACGAUCACUGGAAGGCUUCUCUCGUUGGCCACUCCGACAGCAACGGUGACGAGGACACCGGUCACCUCCACGUUACCUACGCCAACAACUACUGGUACAACAUCAACUCCCGCGCUCCUUCCAUCCGCUUCGGAACUGGUCAUAUCUACAACAGCUACUACCUUGAUGUCAGUGACGGAAUCAACACUCGUGAUGGUGCCCAGGUUCUUGUUCAGUCCAAUGUUUUUGAUGGUUGCAAGAAGCCCCUCUACUCAACUGAUGACGGCUAUGCUGUUGCUACUGACAACGACUUUGGUGAUGGUGAGAAUGAUGCCGAGACUGGCACUCUCACGACUGUUCCAUACUCUUAUACUCUGCUUGGAUCCUCCAAGGUCAAGGCCGCUGUAUAUGGAACCGCUGGCCAGACUCUCACUUUUUAG